CUUUUCUGUACUCUCACUCCUCACCUAUUUUAACAUUUUUCAUCUUACCAAGUUGUGAUUUUUAUGCUUUUUUAAUAAGUUCGUGUGUAUAUCUAAAUACCCACUUGAUGAUUCUUUAGUUUUAUAGUGUUAUUAGUGUGAAUCUUGAAGUUUAAUUUGAUAAUCUUGGUGUUAAGACCUUAAAGUUUGACUCUUUUUAGAUGGGUAAUAGAUUGAAGAUUGAAUUUUAAGAAAUGGCUUUUUUUUUCCCUGGGGUUUAGAAGUCUUAUAAGAUGGGUAAUAGAUUAAAGUUUGAAUUUUUAGAAAUGGGGUUUUCUGGGUUUUUGAGUAAAAAUAAGAAAGAUUUGGGUUGAAGUUGUUGGAUUGGAUAAUCAAGUGUUUGAUUUUGUUUAGUGUAAAAAGGGUUUGAUUUGUGUGUUUGUGUAGUUUGGUUAUGUUUCAGAUCUGAUGUAGAGUGGAGUUACUAAACAUCAGCAUCUUUUCUUGAUUUACCUGCUUCCUUUAUUUAAUUUAAUGGAUGUCCUUUUAAUUAAUAUUUUUGACAUUUGCGACAUAGAAAAAGUGAGGAAAUAUUACUUUUCACAUUGUAUGCUAAGAUUCUUUUUUGAGUUCCAUAUUAUUUCUGCAAGUUUUUGAACUGAAAUUUCAUUUUUCACUUUUGGUGGUUUGACUUGGAUGAGACGAUAGUGAAAUUAUGAACCAUGAUCUGGAUAAAGAGUGGCAAUUUUUUGUCUGUGCUUAUAAAUGUGUCAAUUUUGUAUCAUCUUGAAAAUGCGAUUAAAUUUAAUAAACAUGAACAUAUAAAGCUGAAAGGAAUAAUUUUUUAAGAGACUAGUCUCAUUAGUGUUGCAUAAUAUGGUAACUGUAAAAUGCAAGAACAGCCAGUAGUGUAUGCGUUGUGAUCGAGUUAUUAUUUAGUGUCCAAUCUUAUGUCAUUGUUGGAAGGGUUUUUUGUUUUAAACAUAGCUCAGCUGUUCAAACAUGAUAGUUUAGGCUAGCAGUUACUAUAUUUUGAUUUGUUGGAUUAGAAUUUAACCUGAAACAGGAGGAAAUUUGUGGUUGUCUACUUGUUUUCCAUUUACAAGUUAAAUGAUUUAUUGUGAUCAGAUUUUGCCAGAUCUACUUCGGAUAGCUUGCAGCAGCAGAUAUUGUGUAUACUUUGAAUAAAUAAUGAGUUCUUACAUAAAUUUCAAGAACAUUGGGGACCCAUCACAGCCUGAAGGCAGUGGCGCCAAGCCAGCAGGGAAUUUCUCUUUGGCUGGGCAAUCAUCUCUUUAUUCGUUGACCUUUGAUGAAUUGCAGAGUACCUUUAGUGGUGCUGGGAAGGAUUUUGGAUCAAUGAAUAUGGAUGAGUUUUUAAAGAAUAUUUGGACAUCCGAUGGGGCUCAACCUAUCGCAUCCUCCAGUGGGUUUGGAGAAGGGAUUUCAGUAUCUAGUGGAAACUUGCAAAAACAGGGUUCUUUAUCAUUACCGCGGACACUUAGUCAGAAAACUGUUGAUGAAGUUUUGAAAGACCUGCUGAAAGAAGGUGAUAGAAACGGUAAUGGGAGCGGUGGAGCAAACUUACUACAGAGGCAAGGAACUUUGGGAGAGAUGACGCUGGAGGAAUUUUUGUCUAAAGCAGGGGUAGUGGGAGAAGCUACUCUUCCAACUGAAAGAUCAAACAAUGGUGGAUAUUAUGCUUUGAGUGCAAGCGGCAUCAUGUCUCAGCAACAAGUGCAACAGCAGCAAAGACAGCAACCUCUUUUCCCCAAACAAGCAACUGUAGCUUUUUCCUCUCCUAAUAAUCUAGUAAACAAUUCGCAGCUUGCAAGUCCAGGAACAAGAGGUCCAGCUGUUGGAAUGACUGAUCAUUCCAUUAGCAAUUCUCUAGCUCAAAAUCGUGUAAUACAGAGUGGUGCAAUGGGCAUGGCUAAUAUAGCUCCUCGAGCUACAACGAUUGCAAUAGGAUCUCCUAAAACCCAGCUUAUGCCAAACGUGAUCACUAAGAGUGAUGUGGACACCUCAUCAUUUUCACCUUCUCCUUAUGCAUUUAAUGAAGGUUCACGUGGAAGGAAACCUAGUGGUGUUUUGGAAAAAGUAGUGGAAAGAAGGCGAAAGAGAAUGAUCAAAAACAGGGAAUCUGCUGCUAGGUCACGAGCUCGGAAACAGGCUUAUACUCUAGAAUUGGAAGCAGAAGUUGCAAAGCUUAAAAAAGUUAUUAUAGAUUUAGAGGAAAAACAGAAAAAGUUCAAAGAAAUGCAGAAAAAUCAGGCGCCGGAGAAGAUGAAAUACCCAUGGGGAGGUAAAAGGCUAUGCUUGAGGAGGACCCUGACAGGACCUUGGUAGAAUAUAAACAUCCGGUGAAUCGAUGUGGCUAGAGCAGAUAAACAUUACCUUUUGUCAAAUACGAUGCUUGCAUGGUUUAUCCAAUUACGGUCAAAUUUCUGCUCUACUAGUUGUAGAUAGAUUUAGAACUGUAUGUAUAGAACCAAGGACUAAUGUGCUGUAAUUAUGGGAGCGAGGUUGUGUGAAUACUCGAGGGUCGCCUUCUGUAUGAUCUAGGUUUGCUCUUAUUAUGCUUAGAAUGUAUUAGGGAUAGUUCCUCUCUCAGUUACCACAUAAGUUAGGUUUAUCACUCGCAUUUCAGACAGAUAUUAUCGAUCCCCGUACUAGUCCAUGUCCAUCUACUAGAGCUGUAAUUCGAGUCGGGCGGCUCGCGAGCUCGCCCGGCUCGAACUCGUUUAAGUGGGCUCGGGUCGGCUCGACUCGUGAAACGAGCCGAGUUCGAGUAAAGGUUUCGGCUCGUUUAAUUAAACGAGCCGGCUCGACUCGUGAAAUUAAACGAACCGAGUUCGGGUAGAGGUUUGGGCUCGAUUAAGUGUAAAAUUAUACGAGCUGGCUCGCUCGGCUCGUUAAAACCGGCUCGUUUAGCUAAACGAGCCGGCUCGACUCGACUCGUGAAAUUAACCGAGUCGAGUUCGGGCAAAGAUUCAGGCUCGAUUAGUUAAUCGAGCCGGCUCGGCUCGGCUCGAUUAAAGUUGGCUCGAAUUAGGCUCGGUUCGAAACUCGUCCGGCUCGACUCGAAUUACAGCCCUACCAUCUACCUACAAAUUCCUGCAUUCACAUCCAGUUGCUGUUUCUCUAUAGUUCUGGCCUGUAGUAACUUUACUUUCCAACUUCAGAUGCUGCUCUCUUACAUUUAUAGAACAUUGACCUUACAACUUGAGGGAGUUGCAAUGUGAUAUACUACUUUCUGUUGCUUGUUAA